AGUCUCAGUUCUUCAAAUCUAAUUCAUGGCGAUGGCUGUGUUCGUGGUCUUCUUUUUGCCCCCCAUUCAAUUAAGUACCUUGAGUAAGACUUUUCCCAAUCAAUUUAUUAGAAUUACCUUAAGACGUUCUCGGCGUCGCGGCGCAGAUACUUGUUUAUUUUUUGAAAGGAAGAAACUCUCGUGUCACGGUCUUCAAGUUAGUGCAAGGGAAAUAUACUUGUUUACUAAAAGUACGCCGAAGGGGCACCAAUACAUUCGUUGACUCGUCUUUCACUUCUGGUUCAUAGCAGAAGAUGUCGGGUGCGCAGCAGGACAUCGAAAACCAGCUCUCCGAUGGAGGGGAGCUAGAGCGCGCAAAUACGGCUGCCGUCAAAACGAAGUCGACCGGCCAAAGGGUGAUGAAAAGCGUCUUCGGGGCGGUCAAGUCCGUCGCGACUACGCACGGAAAUUGAGUCGCGACUUGUUGUUUUCCGAAUCGAUAGGUUAAGACUAAACCCCGAAUCCAAGAAGAAACAAGAAUCAGCAACAGUUUGAGUUUGUCCUUGUCCAGCGAAGCUUUUCUGUAUAUGAUGCAACAAAAACAUCAACAUCACGUGGCUUUAGUCCCCUCUUCAAACAAGUCGCUCGUUUCCAGUCUAUAACGAAGGUGGACACCCGGCCCAGAAUUUUUUUUAAAGUAUCAAAUGCACAUAUGCCCGGGUCUAGACAAAUGCAAACCUGUCGUGCGGACUUCGAGUGAAGCCAAAAUCUGUGACGCGGCGACCGGAUCAGCACAACUUACAUAUUUAAGUGCUUAUAUUUGUCAUGCAAAAACGCAACCCCUCUCCCUCAGGUCAGGCAUUCUGCUACUGUUUACGCAUAAAAAAAUGUCAUGCGUGGGUGGGUAAAACUAAAGGAAAGUAAGUCCCUUUCUCAAGGAGAUCCUGGAACAACUAGCAUUGCGCGUUGACGUCUCCAGACCCCGCGACAUAAGCAUUUACAAUGCAUAUUCCGACGUUCCAGACGAGAUGAAAGUGUGGAACGGAACGAAGUACCGUGAGGAAAAUCUCCCUUGCCCUCCCCCACGACCUGAUUCAAACCAACUAAACAAAUUGCAUCGUGGAUCAGCAGCCUUCUCCCACGACAGUCUAAAGGCAAUGCAUGAUGUUGCUGCUACGCAUGAGUCACGUCUACCGUCAUCUGCCUUUCUGCACUAGUAUGUUCUCUUCUGCCAUCACGAGCUGGUUCGUGGACGCAAUUCAUGAUGCUUAUGCUUUAUAUCAAUAUGCGCAUUUCUUUUGUUCUUUCCUUCGGGCGUCGCGGUGGUUUUUUUCAUAGUCAUACAUAGUUUGCAUACUUCAGGAAGCAUCUCUUCGUCCUCGCCUUGCCCCUGUUUUUUCACUUCAUCUGGGUCCUCCUCAAGACCAUUCCGUAUACAGGUAACAAUAUUGAUAUUUUUUUUCUUACAUCCAUGGACUCAUCACAAUUCACAUUUCAUUAUUGCAAUAUACGUAAAUAAAGAUAUAUGCAUUCAUUGGCUUUACAGUUGGUUUCAGGUUGGUAAUCGAUAGAAUGAAAACAUUUUGUGACGCAUCCAAUCGCUACCGUUUUCGCCCACCUACUUUUCUAAGUGACAAAUCUUGUCGCUGCAUAGAAGACUCAACUUGUAUAUGGUGUUCAGACAGUCGGCGCAAUUGUCAUCCCUGCAAGACAGGCGCUUGGUGCCUGGCAUUUUUUCGUGCAUUGCGUGUUAUUUCCACAUGAUUUCGAUUUCCGGUGACAGCGUGGCAUUUAUUCCAUAUUUCUUUCCCGGGUGUCGAUGUAAAUGUUGUUGUUGUGUUUAUUCAUCCACCUUUGAGUAUGUGUUUAUCCUGCCCGAAGAAGACUAAGACGCGACGACUAUGACCUGCUGAUGGAGCCAACCAAAUUAUCUAUAUCUUCAGGGCGAUGAUAAUGAAUGUGAGCGAGGUUCAUGAGGAGCCAGUAGAUCGUCUUCACUAGAUGUAGAUGAUGAUCUCGACGACGACAAUAUUGUGGAUCAUGAUGAUCUAGGAACAAUGUAAUCACAAAUUAUGCGAAUAAGUACUUCAACUGCAACUUAAUAUUGAACUGUUAGGUGACGGCUGUUUCUACACGGGCCCGCAGGUCCGCGAGUCAAUCCGAGAUUACGAAUACCCAGUGGACGCCACUGCUUGUGGCGGACUUAGCACUGGUGCCGCUGCAUGCGCAACAAACGACAAAUGCUACUGGAACGCCGCUCCAGGUGUCGUACCGAGUACCGGUAAUCCGGAGCCUUCUUAUCAAGAGCCAAUAUGUCUGGGUCUGGAAUAGUGCCGUGUGGCUGUUUGUCAUGCGGGCCUUGCGUUAUGAAUUGAGAAUGACAAUGAGCGCAAAAGCAGCACAGGUCUUGCGAAUACUCCUUCGCCAUGCAUCUGAUUUCACAUGAAAAACUUUCAUCUGUUUGAAUUUGCCUUUUGCGUUUGACUAGUAAAGCGAAAAGUUUGGUAGCUUUUGCCAGUCAUACAACGCAGAGUUUUGUGUGCUUCAAAGUAAGCGUCACAAAAAAAUCUACUUUUUUUAUUCCAGAACCAGGCAUAUUCGCAAUGCAUAAUUCUUGCGACUUGGCUAUUUUCGAGGACUCCAAGAUGAACUUCUAUUUCUUAUGGCCUUCUCAGCUGUUAUACAUUCUCAGCUGUUAGUACGUAGCCAACACGUUUGUCAAGCUCAGUCAUGCAAAAUUAUCUGUGUCGCGUUUCAUUUGUUUAUUGUUUCCGUCCCCCAUCGCCAUCCUCAACCUCAUCCUCUACUCUCGCAUUGGAAAUUUUAGAUGCCCUAAUUUGCGUCGAAAUCUUCCCAAAAUUUGUCAUGCGAACGAGACAGCGUGUCGUGUCGAUGUUCCGCCUUUUGUGCUCUUGCUGGUCUUCGAAAUAGAAAUACAAAUUAAAGUUUGCAACGGCUGGGAGUGCAACAGCUGAGAAGGCCAUACUUCUUGGGCCCACGUAUGUCUUCCUACGGGAUCACCGAUGUCAUCGCCUACACCUACAUGUCCUGGUAUCCGAUUGUUGCACAACUCCCCCUUUUUCUCAUUUGUAAAAUGGAAAAUACCGAUGAAGCACACACUCUCUCCACCUGGUACCUCCUUCUACUUCAUCCUCAUUUUGUGGCACUGGUUCUACCCAAGCAAAUCAUUUCUAAAUCCGAAGCAGCAGGGCACCACACUAGUAACUACUCGUCACCACAUUUGCCAUGCCAAAGCUACCGUGCUUCUGAUGUUUAAGCUUAUUUUGUUGCCAGUAGCGUAAAACUAAAAGCUACCGUUCACAACAUGCGGUGGACGAGGGGGGGUGUGCACCCGCAUAUCUGGUGGCUCAUCCAGUUCAUAUCUAUGACGGUCAUGUUCAACAUCUUAUGGCAUUCUCAAACGUUACAUUCUCACUUGAUGCUAUAAUUAUACAUGAUUGACGUGUAAUCUAUCAUGCAAAAUGACCGUCGCGGUUGUUUUUUUUAGCAUCCUGCUUUUUUUUGCAUCAGUUCCCCGUGGCUUGCUCUUUGUGGGAGGUGGUUGAGCUUGCUUCGGGAAGAGCAGCCGGAGUUCUUGAAUUGCGGCCUAUCUGCCUUUUCAUUCGUGAAAUCGAGGGCAGUGGUUGGCAGAGGUUGUGCGGGAUAUUCAUUCGUGUUAUCUCGGAGCAUUUGCGUUCCUCAUAACGAACCCACUUCCUCAUUUCCUGGUCGAUCAGUUGGUAUGGUCGGCUAUAGUUGCCAUCCUCGUUUCUCACCUCCAGGCGCCCUGGGAGCCUCACUAUUGAUGUUUCACUUAGUGGAAGAUGACAGGGCUCUACGAGCUAUUACUCAGGGGCUUCAUUGAUGUUCAUUGUUUUUUUAGCAUCAGAAAUUCAUGUAACGCUUGAGAAUUCCAUACCUCUGGGGCUUGCCUUCGCAGGGAGCGUACGCCGCCUUCUGUGUCCUCCACGCUUUGGCUCUCUGGAACACGCACACAACGGAAGGAAAAACCGGACUGGUAAGGAAGUACGUGCGUAUGAAUACGAUGAUGUAACUUACUACGUACUCCGUGGCUGUCGUCCCUGCGAUCUCAUAUGUUCUACAACCUAAAAGAUAUGCUAGUAGUAGUAUGACAGACAUGACUUCAAUAUAAUGCAGGCUACAGCAAGAAGAAGAACUCUUCGAAGUUUCGGAUAAAUAUAAUUUUGUUUUUGAGAUGGUAGUCGUUGUAAUAAUUCUUGUUUAUUUCACUGAACGUCGUGUGUUACUCGGGAGUCAACCUCCUAGCCGUGAGUCAACACUCUAGUAGGCGACUUUUUCCGAACAAUGAUAUACGAAAUCGCGGAACAAAAAUAAAUUUUGCAGCUCACUCUCCUCAAGGGUCCAGCCCCUUUCGUAGCCUUGCUGGUCUGCAACAUGCUCAUGAAACCGUGGCGCGUGCCGUUAGCCCUGCAGCUUGGAGUCACGAUGUGCGCGGUGGUCUUAUGCACAGUUGUAAAUUUCCCGCACACUUACUACAGAUGUGGUCUCUGCAUGACAAACUUUUUUCUCUCACUCUUAUCCAGCCUGGUACUCUGUCUAAAAUGGCGAAAUUUGUGAUGCAUUUCGUACGUGUGCAGGAAAUUGGCUGUCGAUAGGUCUCCUACGCGAUGUGGGCUGUGAUCGGAGCAAUCUACCUGCGGGCGGCUCUUCCGGCCGUGCAGGAAGCGACGGCAGAUAGUGGCUUCCUUUUCAAAACCAUAAUGGAAUUGUUGUUCGCAACGAUAUUCUUCUCAGUCUGGGUGCUACGCUCUGCAGAAGUUCUAUUGUGCUCGUACUGAUUGCAACAAGCGCGAACCUCUUUCCUAGGCUAUACCUAUAUCAGCACUGCGACCGCAAGGAAUUGUGACCCCUUCUUUUUCGACGCAAUCGGAUUGCGUCUGUGGAUUGUUUGUGCUUCGCUUUCCUUUGUUGGUAUUACCGUAUGGCAACACAGGGCUAAAUCAGAACCCGAAAGUGCAUUUCCCUUUGUUUUUGAAACCCCCUGCUGGUGUGCGUGUGGAAGGUGGAUUCCGUGCAAUUACUACCAAUGCGAUAAUUCUCUUUCGCGGUGCAUAAGUGCCGGUCGGCAGCAAGAAGGUCGGCCCGCUGUUUCUCUUCUGCAUCUGUCGAUGCAUAUCCUACAGAAAAACAAGGCCGGCCGGGCAUAUUUGUACUCAUGCAAAAAUUAACUAGCAAAACGAAAAGGGCGAGCCCAUGCUAGCGCGCUUCUGUCCAUAAAGACAUUCAAGAGAGUUGACUUCAAUCGUAUUUUCAUAUUAAGAUAUAGAUAUACAAAUAUGCCCUGCCGGCUUUUUUCUGUGUGAUAACGCACCGCCUUCAACCAGGGCUGCCCCCUCACGCCGGAGGACAAGUGGGAGUUGGAAAAUAUCCUGUGGAAAAGUACCCCCAUCCCGUAUUCAUACGCAAACAAAACUCUUUUUGUUUUGCAUUUUUUUACCUGUACAACAGGAAGAUGCGGACGCCACAAAGGGAAAGCGCACUUUUCUAUCAUGCAGAUCAACGCAGAGGCAGAGGCUGAGUUCAAUGUGGCGGGCUCUUGACAACGAUUACGUGAGAGCGAGGGGCGCAAAAAAGAUGUGUCAGGCUGGGCAGAGAAAAGCACCGGAAUCGUAGUGGCAAGCACUGAAAAUAACAAAAAGCACGAUCAUCCCGAGUGACUCUAAUAGUAAUAGAUACACGAAGAAUCUGGGGGGGGGGGAAUACUUUUCUGUGGGAUAGCGAACUACGUCCGCAUUCUCGUCAAUGGUAAAUUCAGUCAAUGCUCAGAUUGCUCAUGCUUUUUGUUUUAUACCACCAAGUCGUGCACAACAUACAUCCAUGCCACAUCAAACGAACCAGCAAACAGAAACAGUAGAAACGCAAUAAUCAAUAUCACUAUCAGCAAUGCUGGAGGUCGUGGAGGUCACCGUUUCUGGUCAUGCAAAUGCGGAAAAACCGUUCGAUUCACGUACUGUGUCAAGAAAGUAUGAUCUCCGGUUGCCGACGUGGACGAGGAGACAAUGACAAAAAACUACUUCUUCGAAAAAAUUACAGGUGUCCUUGAUCUGUACCGUUACGCCUACGGGCGCGGCGCGCUCCUGAAGCUGUCGCCCUCUUCGUUUGCCAUCAUUGUUAUCAAAGAUCUCUUCUACGACAUCCUGCACUUCGGCGUGAAUUUCAGUGCAGAGUGGCAUUGCUUUAACAUGAAACUGGACGCAAGCAAGGGCAAGAUCCACAAGGACUUCAUCCUUUAUGGUAAUUGAUCAAACAUCACAUCGACUGUUGUUGCGGCCUUCUUUUUGGCGAUUUGUAGUCGCGCAAAGUUGCUACCAGUUGCAGUUUCCGCAUGAAGAUAAGUAGGUAUUUAUAUAAUUGAGCUGGAUCGCAUGAGGCGCUGAAGAGCACCACGAUAAUUCGUUCGAAAUUUGUAAUCGUGGAAGAUGCAGGAGCAGGGGUUGGGGUAGACACCAGCGCAACAUCACGCCGCCUUUGCUACGCAUUUUUCUGGCAUCACAAGAUAGAAUAAACAGACAGGAUUGGCCAUGAAAAACAGCAGUCCAUGUGUUAUUUGAGAAGGGUAUGUCCUCCCGUUUAAGUUCAAGGUCUUCCGCACGAUCGCGAACAUCAACCGGAAAUUCAAUCGUAUCGACGUCGCAACAGCGAUCUUAUGCAUUGCAAAAAUAUUCGCGUACUCGUACAAAUCGAAUGGUGAAAGGUUGCACCUGCCUGGCAGAAAUAAAUCUCGUUUAGAAAAUAAUUUAUAUUCAGAAAUAUAAAUAAUCUGCAUAUUUUUGUUGUUGAACUGGAACCGCGAAAAUCAGUGAUGACGAGCCUGGAUCGCCGCCAUCUCCGAUCUGAUGUCCUCGCUACCGAAUUUUCUCGCUGUUUUAGGUUUGUGAUUUGUAUUAAAAAAAAAUUUGUAUCUUUCUCUUUCUCAUUUCAUUGAAUUGAAACAACAAACGAGCGCGAUACUUUUUGCGCAGGAUAGAUUACCUGGAUGUACAACUUUGACGCGCAAACGGAGGAAGCCCGCCUUGAGCACGAGCGCACCGUGAACGAGGACGAGCAAGCAGCCGAGGAGUUUGCGAAAAAGCUGUCGGAUAUUGGCCGUAAAUCGGCGGUGCAGCGCAUCAACUCGCACAAGUCGGAGUUGCAGCGACGGUCGGAGUUUGUCACCGGGCUCGCCGUGGAUGGCGAGCAAGACGGCGCGCAGGUGAUUGCCGCCUCUGCCGAGGUGGCCCAGGGCGGGUCCACCUUGCUGGAAGUCGAAGGCGCAGAGGGUGACCAGAUGAUGAUGAAGAAGCAGUCGACGGUAUCCCCACGUGACAAGUGCCCCGCCCCAAGAACAAGAUCAAGAAGUGGUCUGACCAGGAAAAUCCCAGGCGAGGACGGGAGCAGCAGCGCUUGUCUUUGCUUGCACGAAAAGCGCCAGCACUAUUGCUGUGCCUUGGCCUUUUUUUUGUUUUAGUUUUUGCGAUGGCGAUGCAGCUGCAUCGCCAUCGCCAUCGCAAUUUGCAGCUGCCAGCUGCAAAUUGGUGCUAUUAUUGAACAGAAUCGCAGCGAACCAUGCAAGUAUAUGGUGAAUGUUUAUGUUGAUGUUUCCGAUAUAAGGCAACUAAAAUUAUUGAUACUUUUGUGUCGGAUAGGCCACGACCCCUUUUACUUUGUUGCAGCAGACGAUUGAUGGGAUGCAUGCAUCCAGAGCUGGAGCCUGUUGCUGGUUUCUGAUUCAUGCCGCUUCCAAGCAAAGGCAUCAGCAUCACCCGGAAAAGCACGCCGUCCUAAAUCGGAACUUCGUAUCAUUGACAUGUCCGUGCAAAAAAAGCUGCGGGAGGGGCACUUGUGUGCAGUUGGAUAGACAAAUGUGGUAAAGAAAAACUCAUCCAUCGUGAAGAAGGUAAGUUCGCAGAACAGCUUCGGCAAAACCGCGACCAUGGUUUCGGUCCCCCGUCUAUCGUGAGCAAAAAGUGUUUCACUGUAAUGACUAUUCUGCAAAAUUUGUAUUGCAAGUUCGUUUACUUAUGACAGAUAAGAAAACUUGACAUGCGUACUUCCAAAGGGAAAAAAAAGCGCCUUGUAUUCGUAGCAAGACAAAUGCGUCUUUGAUGCUCCAUUCUAUGCAUCAUAAAUUUCCAGUGCAACAGUGUUUUCUUCCGAUGCCGUCAGUCCUACGCACAGUACGAGACGACGAGCUACUGGCAGGCCCUGAAAAGCCUGAAAACCGAUCCUUUCAUGACCAGCAACGAUCAGAACGCGAAGGCCAAGGCAACGUCGGUCGUGGGAACGAAGAAAAACGCCAAAUCCAAGACCGGACCGGGCUCCGCCGGGGAGCUGCCCAGCGCCGACGCAGGAGAGCCGACUCCUUCUGCCGAUGAGGAGAGCAAAGUACUUAUGACAAGAAGUUGAAUUAGACGACGAUGGAUGAUGUUGCUCUUCUUUCAUCUCAGAUAAUUUCGUCGAUCGCAGUGCAAACUUAUUAACACGUACCUAGUAUUUCCUUCUAUAGCAUCGACCCACUCACUACCCACUACAGCCUUCGUCCAGCGGUAAAGGGAAAGGCAAGGGAAAAGGCAAGGGCGCUAAGGGUGCCGCACCGAAAGCGGCCAAGAAGGCAAAGCCCAGCAAGGAUGCAGUAUCCACCACUACAAAGAGCACCUAAUCGCCAUGAACAUGACCUAACAUCAAUCUGUGAACCUGCUCAUGCAGCACGAUUUUUUGUUUACUUUAUAUUUUUCGUAUUUAUAAGAAGACAGACUAGUACAAAGACGACAAAGAACAGCGGCAGCUCGCGGGACAGUUCAAGACUUAGGGUCGAACAGAAUACAGAUGCCAAUCCAUAAAUAUCAGAUUGGUAAAUAUUGCAUGCUGGUCAUAUAGGAGCACUAGACUAUGCGUCUACCUACAGUCUCAUUUAUUCACGCGUUGAUGGCGAUCUGGAUGUCACAAAAUUUCCAUCGGACUAUCCUGUGUAAAAGCAAAAGCAUCGUACUACUUCGUAGUGUGAAUUGCAUGAAAAGCUUGCAUGCUCAAGAUGAAAAUAGAUACAAAAAACUCAACGCAGCACAUUGAUGAUGCAUAAUUGAUGUAUUACAUCUUAUUAAUUAAAUUACAAUUAUCUAAGUCUCAACAAGCACGAUACUUUUUGCAAUGCAUAAGGGUACGCGGAGGACGACGUCAUGAACAUUGAUAAUUUUGAGCUGGAUGAUAUCCUUUGUGAAAACGUCCCCGCCACCCCCUGCCACCAGAGUGCGACAUGCUCGUCACGCAACUUUGCAUAAUGCCUUCCAAAAAGUCUGUCAACAUGCACUUCCUUAAACAUAAACCCGCCUCGUCCAAAAUGAUAGAUGGUCUCGCCCGUCCCGGACCAAGAUGCUUACCUACCACCCCGGAGAGUCUUGACGGCCCUCAAAUGCCUGAUAUUUGCUACUUAGUCUCCCACGCUCACGCAUUGUUGCAUGCAUGAAAUCUUUCCCGGGUGUUGUCGGUCUCAUCUAAGGUCACCCAGUCGCGACACGAAAGCAUGAACCGCGGCUCGCUCAACCCGAUAGCUUCGCCGGAUUCCGCUCGACAGUUGAAAAUGUUCAAAGAAACACAUAUCUGUAAAGUAAAAGUAUUUGGGGCUCGCGCCGCCGUGGAGGCACAACGGCGCGGGAAUCUGCGCAUAACAAUAGAAAAAUCGCACUUCAGCAACUAGAAACAGUUCGAAAGAGGCUCGGCCGAAGAGCUGAGACGUGCUUUGGGACUGGCUGGUCCCGGAAAUGCAGCCGUCGACGCACGUCGCGCGAUGUAUGAUGGCCAACAGCUUGGCAUCGAUCUGUAAAGUAAAAGUACUGAAUGUCGCCUUCUUCUUGGCGAUUGCGAUUCAUGUCUCGCAGACCGCUAUUUGGUUUCUCUUGAUUUUGGCUUGCGCGUGUAGUUGUGGACGACGUUUUCGCGAGGGAUAAACGACGAACAGGAACAGGAAACGACGACGCUGAACGAGGACGGUACCGUGCAGCGCUACAACCGUAACUUUCAGUUCGCGAAUCACCGAAUCAUCGCCACCAACGUCCCACGGCUGGAGCCCUUCAUGGUGAUCCCGGGCCGGAAAACCCCGUACCCCGUCUCGGUCGCGGAUCUCACCCGGGUAAGUACUAGACUUGAUGCAGCGAAAAAAAAACAUGUGUUAUUCAUGAAUCUAAUUCAUUAUUCUAAUCCUGUGGCCUUCCUUAAUUCAUUUUCAUUGGUCCUUUCUCAUCUUUGUGCUUUUCCACAAAAACUACGUCAAAGCACCAGAAGCAAAAUGAAAAUGCUGGGAAUAUAUAUUGUGAAGGCGAUUAUACGUAAAAAUCAAUGCGAAGCAAAGCAGCAUCAUGAUCAUCAUCAUCCCUGUUUUCCCCAAAACAGGCCCGCGCCAUGCUGGAAUUCGUGCAGCAGGAGAACUUUCAGCGGUUUCAGUUGCGCAUGAUGAUUCGUCUGUUCACUGCCUCCGUAGUGCUGUUUUCGCCGAUUCUGGGGCUAGUCGGUGACGCGUCGUUCUACCCAGGCUUUCCCCUACGACAGUGCACAUGAACUCUCCUGCUCUAUUCUCCUCUCUACUCUACGCCUACAAGUUCACAAAAAUCAAAUGCCAGGUGCUUGCCCUUUCCUCUAGCACGGCAUAACCCAUAGUUCGUAGUUGCGGGAUAACGCACCGCCCACACAAGCAGAACUACAGCUAUUGGUUUUGCUAUUAAUUCCCAUUUGAUCGUGCAUAAAUUUAUUAUUCAAAAGAAUACAAAGGAGUGAAUCGCACAGGGUCAGGGAUUGUCACAACCUAAGGCUUAGAGGCCAUCAGAUUCAAAUCAUCAUCGACAAUGUCGUAGUCGUAGAACGUGCUGCAGCGCCCGGUGCAUCCAUUGAUGUCAACAUUGGUUCCCUUGUGGUCUUAAUGAUAAAUAAUAAUUGCUCCUUCAGUGCACAUCUUUUGGUCGUAUUGUGAGCUGCUGCCGGGGGGAGCUGAUGUGCACUACUUUCAUAUCUACGGCACGACGUGGAGAGCAGAGAAGUUGGGUUGCGCGCCGACUACCUCGUCUACACCCUGAUCUUUCUGCUCACCGAUCUGGCCUCGUACCUGGUAUGGGGCUCUCCAACGUUACAUAGAUCGCUGCUGUACGAUUUGGUCAUGUAUUGUAAUAAAAAAAUAGUUGUAGCAAAACCAAAAGGAAAACAAGCCAGAGGGGCAAGCUUGUGCGUCUUGCUUUAAGUAUAGACAACUCGAUCAUGUAUAAAAAUUUCAAUGCUAUUUAGAGCGUGGAAAGCUUGUCACACGAACUAAUUGCAUCGUGGCAAUGCGAAUGGUGAGGCUGCCUGUCCCUGUGGGUGGUGGUCAUUUUGCAUGACAAACCAUAUAAGGGCGAUCAAUGUAACGCUUGAGUGUGCCAUACCUGAGUAUUACCUGCAGCAUCCACUUCAACGAAGACAGCGCUACGAAAGGGAAGUGCGUGAUCUUCCCGAACCCGACUGCUGCUAGUCUUCAGAAAAGAGCCAACUUGAUGUCAUGCGGAUUCAUCACCAUUGCAGCUUUUCUUCUGAUGCACAUCCACAUGGACAUCAAAGAAAGUGCACCAGAAUGAAAUGAGAUCACUCCAGUAGACCGCAUGCGAGGGCGGAUGACGAUGUCUGUCUCUCAGGGCUAGUAGCAGCAGUACCCAAAUACGUCGCUGUCACGCACUUCCCCUCUAUAGGCGCCCUGAAAAAUUGGCGGGACCUGGUCGGGCAGUUCAUGUGGCAGAUCGAACGCGGCGGGCGCCAGAAGAUGCGAGGAAUGUACGGUGGGUUUGGCAUCUACUACGCGUUUCUCGCCUGCGUGAUGACCUGGGAUCCCUACCGCAACCGCAACGUGAUGGAAAACACGGGGAUCAAAGACAAGGAUCUCGACUUCGCUCCGCACAUCUACCGGGCUUGCGGAUCACCCGACUGGAUGCCGUUGUCGUUCAAUCCCUAAAAAUACACCGAUGAUGAAGCGGAUUGUAAACGGGUUUGAAUUGGGGCGGAUCAGCUGCAUAUUAACUCCCGUGGUGCUCCGAAUAGAACAUGCACAGCUACUUCUACUGGGUCGUUCUUCUUGUUCUCCUCUCUGGUGACAACUUUCAUCUCCAAAAAACAAACUCUUUAUUCCAGAACAGAUGUUUGUCUUUCUCUUUUUUCGUUUUUAGCAAAAUACUACGCAUAUCUAUCUUCCUAGCUGUAAUAGUAACUACAUCAACCUCCUCUUUGGAGGUAUGCAAAAUACCUUCAUCGAGAAUGACAAACUGUAACUGAUAAUAUUAAUUUCUUGCAAAGAACAUCUAUCUUCAACAUAUUACGAUCAACAUAUGAAAAAAAACAACAACGAUUUUGUCGACGAAGAAGGAAUAGAUUGAUAGCUGAUGAAUAGGUAAACCAAGAAAAAAAUCGUUUAUAAAAGUAUUUGUUUCGCUUUCGUUUCAGUAUCAGAAUCAGUGUCUGUUGCAAAUACCAAAAGUGCACACUAUGAACGUGCCAAAUCGUUUUACUUUUACCCAAAAACAGAACAGUCAAAAUUGGAUUUCUCGAAUAUCAAUAUGAAUAUCUAGCAAUCUUCCACAAAGCAUAGUCAACAUAUAGGCUCUAUUCUCACAUAAACAGUAACAGAUAACAUGAACAGCAAUCACGAUAUAAUAUUAGAGUACGCAAGCACAUCAAUAAACCUCCACGCUGACAGGAACGCAGUAAACUCAGGGCGUGUAACGACUUCCGUAUUUCGCUUCUCCGAUAUGGGUGCUCUAAGUUUCUCAAAUACGCAUAUGGGUUCUCUAAGUUUCUAGACCCUAGCCCUACAAAGCCAUAAUGAAUAUCUGCAUCAUUCGCGGGACCGGGAGGUCAAGACUACGCAUAUUAUGGAUAUUUCUAGAAGCUUACGAUAAAAAAGAGGCAUCCAACGACUACUCCCAGCGGCAGCGAAUAAAGUCGAUCAUCUCUACCACAAACAAGCCCUCUAGCACACUCGGGUACGCACAUGAAAUAAGUACAAAUAUGUACCUGUAUGCAUGUUUUGCAUCUUAGCAGAGUACAAUUAAUCAACAAGAUGUCGAUGGAUCCAUGAAGAUGUUGAUGCAGUCAAAGCAAGAUAGCUGACGAAGAUCAAGAUCGACGCAGACGCUGUAAAAGCGAGCCAACCAAGCAGAUGAUACAUGAUACUAUCGUCCACGUAACUUCUUCGUUUGCUUGAGUGAGUACAAACGAAAUUGUCUCUGGAAGUUUCUUUCCAUGUCCAACAGACGGGUUGCCUGUUAUAUGCAUACUUGGAUUGUUCGCGAGCAGUAGUGCCGUUUCAAGUAAGACGCCGGUCUUGUCAGAGGCAGCUCCCGACUUGAAGAAGUUGUGUGUAUGUCUGGCGCCUCAUUUUGUUC